AUGCCUGUCCAGGCAGGUCUGCUUUGUACAUCUGUCAACAGAGCUGCUUGGCCAAGAAGGAGUGGAGGGAAACAAAAGAAAAAUAGCAACAGUGGAAAACUGACCAAAAGCCAUUUUGAUUCAUUGAGAACCCAAGGAAUGCUGAGUUUCUAUCCUGGUAUUUCCCAUGGGAUCCAAAUUGCCCUCUUUACAACACUAGUCAUAAAUGCUUUUUUCAUUGCUUCAGUAAUAUUAUUACACAUCUGGGCUAAAUAUGAUCAGUCUUAG